AUGUCUUAAGAUAUGAAUUAAAUCUAAAAUUAGUUCUGCAAAAGAAUCAAAAGAUAUUAUCUCAUUUAGAUUUUCAACUUAAUCUUUAAAAUGUUUAUGAUUGCCCACACCAUCGGAUGUCUAUGGUAUUUAAUAGGCUUGUAUGAAUAAAAAGUUCUAAAUGUCUAAACAUGGUUUGAUCAAAUGUUUGAACCAACAAACGUUUGGUGGUAGCUAUAUAUUUAUUCUUUUUAUUGGUCCUUGUAACUUAUGAUAAUGGGAUCAAACACUGCUAAUUCUAUAAUAUAGAUUAGUUUUACUAUAUUUGUAACAUUUAUUACAGCAAUCACUUUUGGAUAUAUUCUAAACGUGAUAGGUAUGAUCCUCGAGGAACUAGAUAGUAAUGAAAUUAGUAAAAGACAUGACAUAAAUGUAAUAAAUGAGUAUAUGAGACAAAAAAAUAUAUCCAUGGAUUUAUAAACUCAAAUAAAUCUAGAUCUGAACUAUUUUUAUGAAAAAAACAUUAAAUAAAAUUAGUAAGAUGUCGAAAAUGCUGUGAGUAAUUUGUCUUCUGAAAUUAGAAUGAAGCUAAAAUUAGAAUAAAAUCUUUAAGUAUUAAAAAAAAUUUCAUUUUUUGAGAAGAAUUUCUCUAAGGAAUCGCUCUUAGAGUACGCUUCUACGUUAGAAGAGAUAACUUAUUAUCCCAACUAGACUAUUUUAUUGAAAGAUAAAUCUGAAGAUUCAAUUAUUUACAUAGACUCUGGUAAAGUUGAAGUUACAAAAUAUUGUAAAAACAACUAAAAUGAUAGUCAUUAUUCAUAAAUAUUUUUAGAAGGAUAGUAUUUUGGUCAAUAAAAUUUCUUCACAGGAAAUACAAAUGAAUUUCACUGUAUUUCUUAAGGUUUUACUAAAAUUGUCAAGCUAAACAGGUAGACAUUUGUUAAUAUAAUUUAAAAUGAAGAAAGGGACUAUGAAAUAUUUUGUCAAAUAAGAGACAAUAUUCAAUUCUACGACAAUUUAAAAGAACUUGGAGAUAAAUGUACUAACUGUUCUAGCAGGUGCCAUAGUGCUUUAAAAUGCCCAAGAGUUUAUUUUGAUAGGUUCUCUGUAUUUUAAAAAUGUGGUAUACUUGAGUCAAAAUUACAAAGUAGAAGUAGUAAAAAAAGAAGAAAAUAUAAACUAAAUAGCUUAAAUAUAAAUAUUCACAUAAACUAUGUUGCUCUUGAAUAUAUAAAUGGCUUAUAAUCUAAAUAUUUAGAGAGUAUAUUAAAAACAGAAACUAAAAUUGGUGAAGAAGAAAUUUCAUUCAGACUACUAUCUGAUUAAAAUUCUCAGAAUACUGGAAAUAUUCUGAAAGGGGAAUAAAAAAACAACGAAGAUAUUAUACAAACAGAUUAAAUCAAGCAAAGCUAUUUUUAAAAAAUUAAGCUCUAUACAUAAUAAUCAAUGGAUGGCUCUAAUUUUUUAUCUUAGCAUAGCUAUGAUAAAUAUUUAGAUGAAUAAAUUUAAUCGUCAAAAAUGUAAUAUUUAUCAAAAAUUACAAAAUAACUUUCAAGGCAAAGCAAUAAUGAACCUGAAUAAAAUAGUGUUAUUGAAAUAGACAGUUCAAAUUAAUAGAGUGAGGAAGGAAUUUGUAAAUUAGAAGAGGAUUAUAAUGAAGAAUAAAAUCUAAAUAAAAAUAAGGAGUAGUUUAAUUAAAAAUAAUUAGCUUUAAAAUUUAAAAAGAAAAUUACAUCCUAAUCUCUUGACUAAAAAUUUGUUUCAUUUUUUGAUUAAAAUGGAAAUUCGUAUGAAUAGAAAGACACUAAUGUACUAAGUCCUUAUCAAUUGUUUCAAAGUAGUUUAAGUAAUAACUUUCCUUGGAAUUUCGAAAUGCAAAAAGACUAUAAAUUUUAUUUCGUCUAUGGAAACUUAAAAUAUCAACUAAUCAGGAUUUAGAAAGCUUAAAUAAAAAACUUAAAACGCAAAAUGAAGAAAAAAAAAAUAUUAUGA